AUGUCGGGUUUAAUUCCAAAUGCCUCAAAAAGUGUUGUUUUCUUUGGUAAUGUCCCCUCGGCCACUCAAGACUUUUCCAUUGCCACUUCUGGUUUUAACCGAGGCGUGCUUCCUGUAAUUUAUCUUGGUCUUCCUUUAGUCUCAGGCAAGCUUAGUUUGCGGGACUGCCAGCCCUUGUUGUUAAAAAUCAGUAGCAAAAUGGAGACAUGGGGUAAUAAAUAUAUAAGCCAGGCUGGUCGUGCCCAGUUAAUCAGGUCUGUCAUCUAUGGAUUGCAAGGACACUGGUCCGACUGUCUCUUUCUUCCGAAGAAUAUUCUUAAGAAAAUCCAAAGCAUUAUGGCAAAGUUUCUCUGGAAAGGUACUCAGCAGGGUCCUUGCUUUUAUAAAGUAGCCUGGAAACAUUGUUGUCUAAAGAAAACGGAAGGAGGGUUGGGUUUUAAGGAGCUCCUUGGCUGGAAUCAGUGUGUUCUUCAGUGGCAAAUAUGGAGGAUCAUUCGACAAGAGGAGCAUUCUCUAUGGUUGAUUUGGAUUUCGAAAUAUCUGUUAAGACGUCGUGCCUUUUGGACUAUGCAAGUCCCGGACAAGUGCUCUUGGGGGCUGAGAAAAAUUUUAAAUGCUCGUGCCUCGGUUCUUCAGCGUGUCACCUAUAGAGUUGGGAGAAACUCUUGUUUUCUCCUAUGGCAUGACCCUUGGUGCCUUCGCAGUCCUCUCCUCAAUCGCUAUGGUGCAAGAGCUAUUCGUCUCUGGAAUCUCAGAACAUGGCGCCUCUUAGUACCAUAA